UGUGGACGUGUGUAGUUGAGCCUGUUCAUGUCAUGGCUGACCAGAAAGCAGAGAGGCUGGAACCAGGAAUGUACUCUAAUCUUCAACUGUCUGCCCCCAGCAACCUACUUCCUCUAGCCUACCUCCUAAUCCAGGCACUUACCACCUCGGACUUUUGCAACGACUUCCAGUUUUCUGGGUUUUUGUUUGUUUGUUUGGUUGGUUGGUUGGUUGUUGAGAAUCUCGCAUAGCUCAGACUGCUCUGGAACUCACUACAUAGUCUAAGAAGACCUUGAAUUUCAAUUUCCGAUCUUCCUACCUCCAGCUCCCAAGUGUGGGAUUACAGGCAAAUACUAUUAAAGCGGGUUUUUAGGGUGCUGAAAGAACUAUGCAAGCUAUGCAGACACUGCCAACGGAGCUACAUCCCCAGCUGCAAUACAUAAAUUCUGGUGUUGUUGUCUGUCUUUUCAGCGCUGGGGAUCGAACCCAAGUCCUUGUACAAGCUAGGCAAGUGAUCUACCACCAUGCUAUCACCCUGGCUUGCAUUCUACCUUCAGUUUUUGUUCAAAAUACUCCAUCCAUGGAUUUUGCUUCAUGCUCUCCUAUGAUAAGCAGCGUGCCGGAAUGAAGUCAAUAUUCUAAGGUCUCCAGAUCUUUCCGACCUUAAUAGCUGUUUCUUUCUCUAAUGCACACGCCUUUGCCUCUCCACUACACCUCGCUGUUCAGAGCUUUGCGCGGCUGUCCCACACCAACGGAAGGGUCCUUUAUCUUCCCCAAUAGCGAAAGCACAGGUCAAGUGGGAAUAAGAACCCCUGUCCUGCUCCUUGGAAGGAUCCAGUGUAACGACGCUUUAGUAAAGUUCUUAAUAAAGGACCAAGAUGUGGCUGGAGCGGAACCGGCGGAGUGCGCAGCCGGGACGUACCCGACAGACACACCCUCUAGUCCAAUAGCUAGGCCUCUUCAGGCCGAUCGCUUAGUGCCACCCCUCCGAAGGCUUAGCCGGAAGACGCUGCCCCUCUAGACGUUCAAAAUCCAAGGCCCCACCCUCAGGAGCACACGAAGCCACUCAAAUCGGCGCGGUCCCGCCCCCAGGACGCAUGGCCGCUAAGCCCCGCCCUUCUAGGAGCGUCAACGGCCGCGUCUGGCGUCUUCUAACACUCACGCUACCAACUAUUCCUUCUCAAACACGAAAACUGUCAAGAUCGGCUCCUCAAGACGCCUUGAAGGCCAAGAUCCGCCUCACAGAAUGCAAAACCGGCCCCGUCUGUCGAAGCGCGCCAACAGGCCCCGCCCCUCGGGGGGCCUCAAACUGCCAGGCCUCGUCCCACAAAACUCCCUAACGGCGAAAGCGGCCAGGCUCCGCCCUAGUGGGCGCUCCAACCGCCAGGCCCCGCCUCCCAGAGCGCGCGAACGACCUGGCCACGCCCUCCAGAUGCCCAAGCGGCCAAGCUCCGCCCUGUGGAGCCCGCCAACCGCCAGGUUCCUUGCCAUAGGACCGUGUAAGCGGUUAGGCCCCGCCUCCCGAGGCGCGCUUAGGCCAGGCCACGCCCCUCGAGGUGCGCCAACUGUCCUCCCCCGCCCCCUCGUGCGCCGAGACGUGAGGACGCCGGCGUCGUAGGCUGAGGUGGCAGCCGUCCUGCCGGCAUGGAGCUGCCGCAGAUGCCGGAGCUGGUGGGGCUGUCGGUGCUGGUGGGGCUGCUGGCCCUGGUGGCCACGGCGGCGGUGGCGCGCGGCUGGCUGCGGGCCGAGGAGGACAAGGCCAGCCAGCCCGUCUGCCAGAAAGCAAAUGAAUCCAAGAAGUCAGGAUCCAAGAAGCAGAAACAGAGUCAGAGGGUUCGCAAGGAGAAGCCUCAGCAGCACAACUUCACCCACCACCUUCUGGCCGCGGCACUGAAGAGCCACAGUGGGAAUAUAUCUUGCAUGGACUUCAGCAGCAAUGGCAAGUAUCUGGCCACUUGUGCAGAUGACCGUACUGUCCGUAUCUGGAGCACCAAAGAGUUUCUUCAGCGGGAACACCACAGCAUGCGAGCCAAUGUGGAGCUGGACCAUGCCACCUUAGUGCGCUUCAGCCCUGACUGCAGAGCCUUCAUUGUUUGGCUGGCCAAUGGAGAUACCCUUCGUGUCUUUAAGAUGACCAAACGAGAAGAAGGGGGCUUUACUUUCACCGCCACCCCAGAGGAUUUCCCUAAAAAGCACAAGGCACCCAUUGUCAACAUUGGCAUUGCUGACACAGGGAAGUUCAUCAUGACAGCCUCCAGUGACACGACUGUCCUCAUCUGGAACCUAAAAGGUCAGGUGCUGUCCACCAUCAACACCAACCAGAUGAACAACACUUACGCUGUUAUCUCUCCGUGUAGCAGGUUUGUGGGUUCGUGUGGCUUCACCCCAGAUGUGAAGGUCUGGGAGGUCUGCUUCGGGAAGAAGGGGGAGUUCCAGGAGGUGCUGCGUGCCUUUGAACUGAAGGGCCACUCUGCAUCUGUCCAUUCUUUCGCCUUCUCCAACGACUCUCGGAGGAUGGCCUCUGUCUCCAAGGAUGGCACAUGGAAGCUGUGGGACACCAAUGUGGAAUACAAGAAGCAGCAGGACCCCUACUUGUUAAGGACAGGCCGAUUUGAAGAGGCAAGCACCAUGCCUUGCCGCCUGGCACUCUCCCCUGACACCCAUGUCCUGGCCUUGGCCACUGGCACCAGUAUUCAUCUCUUCAACACGAGGCAUGGGGAGAAGGAGGAGUGCUUUGAGUGUGUCCAUGGGGAGUGUAUUACUGAUUUGACUUUUGACAUCACUGGCCGCUUCCUGGCCUCCUGUGGGGACCGUGUGGUUCGGGUCUUCCACAACACCCCUGGCCACCGGGCUGUGGUGGAGGAGAUGCAGGGCCUCCUGAAGCGGGCAUCCAGUGAGAGUACCCGCCAGAGGCUGCAGCAGCAGCUGACCCAGGCCCAGGAGACCCUAAAGAGCCUCAGUGCCCUGAAGAAGUGACUCUGGCUCUGGAUGGGUCUGGCUGCCUGCCCCAGUGGCUGCUAUACUUCCCAGGGGCCCCUGGGGGAGCCUCCCACCUUUCUUCUUGGUGGGCCCCACUUUUUCCCAUUGAAACUAUUCUUGUAUACUUAGAUCUCUCUCUCUCUCUCUCUCAUUUGCCUCCUCCCAGACUAAAAGGUGCUGUUUUUUUCACAGACCUAAGGGUUGCAAUCUAUCUUCACCCAGCACUAAGAAGAAGGGGUAUAGAGAAGAGAGAGCAAAGCUUUUGACUGUGUGGCAAAUGACCCUAACACCCAAAGAAGUUUGUGAGUGUAGAGGUAAAACCUGAGGGUUGCCAGGGGACAAUGUUCCAUAAGGGUGCAGAAUGUGUUUUAUAAUGCAGCAAAGUGAGUCUCCAUCUGGACCAGGCUCCUAAUAUCAACAAGGACUGGUCUUUGUUGGCACUGGUCUGUUAUCUCAGCACUCUACAGACAGGCAAGAGAAUCGGGUUCGAGGCCAGUUUGGACUACAUAGUGAAUUUCAGGUCCUCCUGGGCUCCAUAUGGAGAGAGACUCAAGAUUUUUUUUUACCCUGGGCUUCAGCUUUCUUAUUUGUAAAAUGGGGAACGAUGCUCUCUGUGGCCUUCCUGCAAAGAUGCUGUGAGGCUAGGAGCGUUACAAAGUUCCCACACAUGGAGCAUAACAGUGGUGUCCAGUGUUAUUAACUACCAGGUAAAUGUGGCCCUCAAAUUGCUCCGCAACCAACAAGAAUCAGCUCUUGGGAAGGCCAGGUUUCCUAGGGGCUGGCUUACUAGUUCCUCUUGGAUAAAUAUGGUGGUUUGGUUCACAUGCCAUCUCAAGAUGGUGUUCCUCUCUGCUGGAGACCUCUUGGACUCAUCAGUUCAGUGCCUGCUUCAUGGGAUGAGCUAGUGAUGCUGGCUGACACACACACAAGACUAGGCCUGUGGCCAAAGAGAAAAGCUGGUGGGAAGGACCCAUAGGCUGGUGUCUGAAGUGCUUUUUGUUCAUCACAGCUGUAAGCCAUGUUGAAGACAUGAAGCUUGACAGUACUGAAUCCAGGGCAAUAAUGGGGAUGAAUGGAACAGAUCCAAUAAGAGAGCAGAUUAAAUUUGAAGACUGCUUGGAUCCAAGGGGUAGAGAAGAUGUCAAGAAUCUAGGAAGGCUUGAAUCUAGCAAAAAGUAUCCAUCCCAGUUAGUUUUGAUCUCUCACUUAAAAGUAGGGCCUCUUCCAGUCAUCCUCAACGCUACAGAAUGUUAGAAUAAGGCACAACCCUGAAGUUGACCUUGAUGGCUCCCUUGUCGUCACCCUCUCCUUCCACCACCACUGCUGCAUCCAGAUGACCUGCAGCAUCUGCUGUCUGUCUGCCUUUUCUGUUAUCAUCCUGGUCUUAGUUACUGUUGCAUACUAUAUGUAUAGUACUUCUGUUUUCAACCACAUUACUUCCAAGUCACUUUUCUACAUUGUUUAGCCAAUUUGGAAAACAAAACAGAUCAUGCCAUUUCCCCAAAAGGCUUCAAAGGCUUCCUUCUACUCUUAGAAAAAAACCUGAACUCUAGUCUAUAUAAUGCCAUGGAAUUUAGCCCCUCCUGUGAUCUUUCUCUGUGGUGGUCCAACCUACCCCAUUUUUCUGUUUCUUUACUAACCCAAACAGUUUGUAGUCUCCAGGUCUGGGCUGGUCCCUCUUGUGUGCUACAAGCAUUUUCCCUUUCUGUUGGCAGAAAUGUCAAUGCGAUUCAGUCCUUGGUAACUUUCACUCCAAACAGUUGCCUCUUCAACCACCUCAUCCGAAGUAGCCCUUUCCACCGAUCCUGUCCUAUCUGUUGCAUUGCUCCUUUUCUUUCUUUUGUAUGACUUGGUGCUUUCUGAAUCCAUCUUGUUUGACUAUCUGUUUGUUUCAGUGUCAGGGACAAGGGCAGUCACAAAUGGGUAUCAGGAGUGGGAAUUAGGCUGCUCACUUGUUUGUGACAUGGGAGGAAAUGGUAGAGACUGCAGUGGGCAUUUGUUCUGGGUGCACAGUGGGUGGUAACUGCUACUUAUCGCAAAAGUUGCCAGUUUCAGAGAAGUUAGAUGUUGGUGCUGUGCUUUGAAAUGGGGUGACAUUGUGACUGCACCAAACAACUGAUGUAGGAGGGUGCCGCUCAUCAGUCUCGUUGGCACUUAAGGAUUGUUCCUUGCUUUCCUUUUGCAGUCCUGGGGUUGGACCCCAGAGCCUCAUGCAGGACAGACAGUUGGCUCUGCUGCCGAGCCAUGCCCCAUCUUCUCACAGGGAGAUGCUAGACAAAGGCUUUCCCACUCAGCCACAGCCACAGCCCCUCACUGGGCAAACACUUUGACACUGAGCCUUUAGCACCAGUUGGUGAAAUUGCUGAAGAAUGCAUUGAAACAUGAGCUCCACAAAGGCAGAGUCCAUGUUUGUCUGCCUUGUUCUGGGUCCCAAGUGAAGUAGCCAGGGCAGAGUAAGCUCUCAAUAAAUGGAACUCAGACUAGAAGUAAUUGACAAAAAUUUGAUAUUUUCUGCACUCUGCUCUCUACUGUGGAUCCAGUUCUCUGAUGAGAUCAGCCAUACUGAGGGCAGUAUGGCCACACACAGCUCUGCUUCCUGCUGUGAAUGCUUGUGGGGUGCUGGUAGGGGUCUGCUUUGGUUGACAGAAGCAGCUGAAAACACUUUCACUUGCUUCUGGGCUACCAUUUUGAGAAGUAACUGGUGUCAUGGCUGCAGAGAGAAGGUAGGGAACCCAAGAAUGCUGAGCCACUGAAGUCAAAAGUCCGUGACCUGUGUGUGGUCAUCACAGAAGCUGCCUGAGUUUGUCUCCUCAUCUGUAAAAUGGGAAUAAAUGUUGUCCUAUAUA